AUGAAGUUCAGAGUAGCAGUUCUUCUGCUUCUGUACAAAUGUCUUGUAUUCGCUCCGAAUAUCAUAUUCGCGACAGAAUCUGCCGUCUCAGGAUUGACUUGUCCUUUGAAAAUAUGCACAGAUGUCCUGAAGGAACUAAAAGAUCUGGAAAUCAGACAUGCUAAGAGUGAAGAUCAGAUUGAGGAAAUCAAAAAGGAAAAACAAGCUCAGAUUGAGGAAAUCAAAAAGGAAAAACAAGAUCUGGAAAUCAGAUUUGCUAAGACUCAAAUUGAAGAAAUCAAAAAGGAAAAACAAGAUCUGGAAAUCAGACAUGCUAAGAGUGAAGAUCAGAUUGAGGAAAUCAAAAAGGAAAAACAAGAUCUGGAAAUCAGAUUUGCUAAGAGUGAAACUCAAAUUGAAGAAAUCAAAAAGGAAAAACAAGCUCAGAUUGAGGAAAUCAAAAAGGAAAAACAAGCUCAGAUUGAGGAAAUCAAAAAGGAGAAACAAGAUCUGGAAAUCAGAUUUGCUAAGAGUGAAGCUCAAAUUGAAAUCAAAAAGGAAAAACAAGCUCAGAUUGAGGAAAUCAAAAAGGAAAAACAAGCUCAGAUUGAGGAAAUCAAAAAGGAGAAACAAGAUCUGGAAAUCAGAUUUGCUAAGAGUGAAGCUCAAAUUGAAGAAAUCAAAAAGGAAAAACAAGCUCAGAUUGAGGAAAUCAAAAAGGAAAAACAAGAUCUGGAAAUCAGAUUUGCUAAGAGUGAAGCUCAAAUUGAAGAAAUCAAAAAGGAAAAACAAGCUCAGAUUGAGGAAAUCAAAAAGGAAAAACAAGAUCUGGAAAUCAGAUUUGCUAAGAGUGAAGCUCAGAUUGAAGAAAUCAAAAAGGAAAAACAAGCUCAGAUUGAGGAAAUCAAAAAGGAAAAACAAGCUCAGAUUGAGGAAAUCAAAAAGGAGAAACAAGAUCUGGAAAUCAGAUUUGCUAAGAGUGAAGCUCAAAUUGAAGAAAUCAAAAAGGAAAAACAAGCUCAGAUUGAGGAAAUCAAAAAGGAAAAACAAGAUCUGGAAAUCAGAUUUGCUAAGAGUGAAGCUCAGAUUGAAGAAAUCAAAAAGGAAAAACAAGCUCAGAUUGAGGAAAUCAAAAAGGAAAAACAAGCUCAGAUUGAGGAAAUCAAAAAGGAGAAACAAGAUCUGGAAAUCAGAUUUGCUAAGAGUGAAGCUCAGAUUGAAGAAAUCAAAAAGGAAAAACAAGCUCAGAUUGAGGAAAUCAAAAAGGAAAAACAAGCUCAGAUUGAGGAAAUCAAAAAGGAGAAACAAGAUCUGGAAAUCAGAUUUGCUAAGAGUGAAGCUCAAAUUGAAGAAAUCAAAAAGGAAAAACAAGAUCUGGAAAUCAGAUUUGCUAAGAGUGAAGCUCAAAUUGAAGAAAUCAAAAAGGAAAAACAAGCUCAGAUUGAGGAAAUCAAACAAGAUCUGGAAAUCAGAUUUGCUAAGAGUGAAGCUCAGAUUGAAGAAAUCAAAAAGGAAAAACAAGAUCUGGAAAUCAGACUGGCUAAGAGUGAAAAUCAGAUUGAGGCAAUCAAAAAGGAAAAACAAGACAAAGACUUUGUUCCCAAGACCAGGAAUGACUUCCUACAAUAUUCCCAUCGGAUCACUCUGGAUCUGAACACAGUGAAUAAAUACAUCCGUCUGUCUGAGGGGAACAGAGUGAUUACUGGCACUGACACACUGCAGUCGUAUCCUGAUCAUCCAGACAGAUUUGAUGGGUGGUCUCAGGUGUUGUGUAGAGAGAGUGUGAGUGAUCAACGCUGUUACUGGGAGGUUGAGUGGAGUGGAGAUGUGCGUAUAUCAGUGUCAUAUAAGAGCAUCUGCAGGAAGGGAGGGGGUUAUGAGUGUGAGUUUGGAUAUAAUGAUCAGUCCUGGAGUUUGAAGUGCUCUUCCUCCAGUUACACAUUCUAUCACAAUAACAUAUGGACUGAACUCCCUGUAAAGCCCGUCAUCAGUAGAUCAGUGAAUGAUGUGGAUUACUAUAGAACAGGAGUGUAUGUGGAUCACAGUGCAGGAACUCUGUCCUUCUACAGCGUCUCUGGAGACACAAUGAGCCUCAUCCACACAGUCCAGACCACAUUCACUCAACCACUCUAUCCUGGGUUAAGGGUUUAUAGAGGAUCAUCAGUGAAACUGUGAUGAUGAAUCAGAACAGAGACUCUACCCAUAAUGCUUUGAGCUGAUGAUGAAUCAGAUGUUAUAGAGUCUCUUCAUUACAUUAAUACUGUGACACUGAAAUAUCAUGUCGGAAUAAAAGUGUGUGAGACACAGAUCAUUGUGUGUGUAUCUGUGCUUUUCUCAAUCUCUUUUAAUGGAAAUCACCUUCAUUUAGUUCUAUUAUAGUGUCACAUCAAUUAUAAUUUAUGAGUGUAGAAUUGAGAUUUGUUCAACAUUUUGUAAUCAAGUGUAUUUCAGGAGUCAAAGCACAGAAGCAACAUUAUUAAGUUGGCUUGAAAAAGCAGAAAUGCUGUUUAAACUUAUUAUUAGUGGUGCCUGAAGCAUCAUCACUAAUCUGUGCUCACGUUAGUAACGGACUAAAGUACAGUUUAAGUGGAGCAGUGGGGCACACCAACUGAUAUUUUAGAGCUCCGACUGACACAUUGGCAUUAGUUAAGUAUACUUAGACUGUGUAGGUGUAACGGGGAAAAGAAAAUUGUAAUGAAUUGUGCUAAAAUGUUUGUUUAUUUUGUAUAAUAAUUCUAAAAUAUUAAUUGAAUAGAACGAUCUAAGUACACCUAAAAGAAGGGAUAUGGGGACACCUGCAGGUGACUAGGGUAAUUUAUCAGUGAGGUCGGCCAUUUUCUCCUCAGUCGCAUUAAGCUUUUGAGGAGAACGGUAGGUGUAAAACCUCUCUCCGGUCAAAUUAAAAUAACGUGUUGUUAUAAAUGUUUUUAUUUCUCUUUAAGGGUCUUUUCUCUCAUGUGUAUUUAUUUUCAACAGUUUUGUGACCGGAUUGACUAUAUUACACGUCUGUAUGGUGUUUCCAUUUUGUUUAUUCCAGGUAUGGUGCACUAAUGUUUGUUCAAUGUUAUGUUUUAUGUGUUCGAAAAAAGAAACUGAGCUCUUAAUUAUUUGGAAAAAUUAUUUAUUGAUUGUUGAACUGGAAAUCAGUCGCAUUAAGCUUUUGAGGAGAACGUUUUGUGACCGGAUUGACUAUAUUACACGUCUGUAUGGUGUUUCCAUUUUGUUUAUUCCAGU